AUGUCUAAUUUCUCGAAAAUUAAUAAAUUAAAAAGAAAUAUGAAAAAGUUGAACAAUGUUGAAAGUAGUGUUGAAUUUUUGAAAUGUUGCGUUAACAAUAGCUUAAAGUUCAUGUUUGCUAUUUUGGUAAUAAUAUUUUUUAAUGGAAAUGAUUUUUGUUUUGGCAAAUGUUUUGAGAAACGUCUUGACUGUCAGUUAGCGGACAAAUGUUGCUGCGAUGGACCGUCGAGGCAAGCAGCAUUCAAGAACACGCCAUCCAUCCAAGCGUUUCUUUCAUGUUCCUGGAUGUGUUCCAACAAUGAACAGUGCCUGGCUUUCAACUUCAACAACGUCUCAGCAACAUGCGAUUUGUUCUUCAACUCGCUGAAUUGUUUUCAGUUCAUUAUCGGCUGCGUUCAUUUGCAAUCGACAUCUCCUCGCGUGUUGACGGUGAAUGCAGACGACCAGAUUGAUUCCUUGUAUUUGGACGGAGUGCCACAAGAACGCAUGCCCAACUGGGACUUUUAUUAUUCAGAUGAUUGGAUAUCCAUCCCAUUCAAUGUUAAAGUUAUCGCUGUUAGAGUUUCUAACUUCGCUGGUGCAGGAAGCUUUGAGGCGUACAGUGAUGAUGGAUUCAUUCGGACUGACACCACCUGGAAGUGUUUUCCAACAACUCCAGCCCUGGACUCCAACAACAACAACUGGUAUGAUGUGCACUACGACGACUCAAAUUGGUUGCCUGCUAUCAACCAGGAGCCGGGCUAUCAAUUUAAAGGAGCUUUGAAAAUUUGGUCCAGAAACUUUCUCUUAGCCUACUGUCGAAAAUUUUUUUGCAUUUGA